CGAAGAAAAUUUAUUUGUAAAUGGCCUAGUUUUGAUAAAGGAGAAUCAGGAUGUUCAUUGAACGAAAGUAUCUUCGUUUGCAAACAAGAAAAGAGUAAUGGUGUUACAAAGAGAUAACGAAAGUGGCAUGCAAGAUAACGACAAAAAAGCUGGCAGCAAAUUUUUCUACGCAAAGAAGAAGCAGAAAUCAGAUCCAUGGAGCAGUUUUGACAAAGAUUUCACAGAUGAUUCAAAAAAAAUUAUUGAGAAAGCCAAUUAUGGUAGCUUGAAUGCAAAGAGCUCUAAAGCAUCUGAACUGAACUCGCUAUCUUUCAAUUCAAAUUUUGAUCUUGAGAGUGUUUGGAGUGUCAGAAAGAAUGUACCACUGCCAUCUAGUAAGAAGCAAGGAAACCAAGUAAAUCUACAAACUGGAAAUUCCUACUAUUCCAGGCAUGCUGGGGGUUUCACUGGAUCACAACAUAAUAAAGCUGAAGAACAAGCUAGUAAAAAUGAGUCAGGCAGUAGCAGUUGGCAGUUAAAGAAAUCUGGAUUCUCCUAUGCAAGACAGAGUUCCCUGAAACGCCAGGCUGACAGUAAUGAUGACGACGAAUUCGAUUUUGGUGACACGAAAAGAAAAGGAAAUGUCAGAAGCAAUGGAAGCCCUUCUAACCAAAUGCUGCAGACCUCGUACCAAAAAAGCAGCACAACAACCCAAGGGUCUCUUGCAGGCCUGGUCAAUCCAGUUAGAAAAGAGUCAGCUCGAACACAAAGAGCACAUAAGAUGCACGAGGCUUAUUUAAGAUCUGCUGGUCUAGGGUCGUACUCACAAGCUGGUCAGUUCCACAGCAAUAUCGAUGAUGGGAUUGGCUGA